AUGACGGACAAGAACCUUAUCCACCCUCAAGCCAACGGCGGUGCAGCCGGGGUUAAGCCAUCAUUCCCGGCGACAAAAGCUCAACUCUACGGCGCCACCCGCCCAACCUACCGUCCUCAAACCCACCGCCGCCCUCGUAGCAACCGUAAUUGGUGUUGCACCAUUUGUUGCUGGCUUAUCCUCAUCCUCAUCUUCAUCCUCCUCCUCCUCGGCGCGGCUGGCACCGUCGUUUACCUCCUCUACCACCCCCAACGUCCUUCUUUUUCCGUCACCUCUCUCAAACUCACCUCUUCUAUGUUUGACCUCACUCUUUCCACCACAAAUCCAAACGACAAAAUCACAUUUUCUUACCAACCCAUCUCUGUUUCUCUCCUCGCCAAUGAACUCGACGUUGGUGACGGCGUUAUUCCGUCGUUUGAACAUGGAACGAAGAACACUACGAUGCUGAAAGCUUUGGUUGAGAGAAGAAGUGUAAAGAGGAAAUCAUUGGAGCUGAAAAUGAAGAUGGAGACUAAGGUAGAGGCUAAGAUGUGGGUUUUUAAAACGCCACGUGUGGGAAUCAAUGUGUUGUGUGACGGCAUUGAUGUUGCCGGAGAGAAAGCGGCGACGGCGGAAGAGAAGUGUGCGGUGGAUGUGAGGUUCAAGGUAUGGAAAUGGACUCUUGGAUGA